UUAUUGCAAAUAUAUAAACCUCGAUAUAUUGAGCAAUACGAGUUUAUUUUGCUAUUCGACAAUAAUUUAAAAAGUGCAAGAAAAGCGAGAUAAAAGAUUCAAGUCGAACAAAAAGGGCAUGUCCAAGCGCAAGGCCGAAGAGACGGAAGGUGAAACAAUGGCGGCAACGGCAGAGAAACUGUCACUGAAUGACUAUACAAUUGGCUUGGAGGAUCCGGUGAAAGACUACCAGAAGCUGAUCGAGACGCGGGUUCAGGUGGACGAGAUCGUCGAAGAUGAGAUCACCAAGGAGAAUUUUAAUAGAACGGCUGCAGCUGCGCGUGAGGUCAUCUGGCGGCUGCUAUUCACCGAUGCAGCCAAAGCGGACGGUGAGGAUGACUCACGGCAGCAGAAGGCGAAGCAGCUGCUUGAGGAAUAUAGAGGCGACGCUUGCUUCUACGACCCGAUUCCCUACAAUUCGUGGAUCGUCAAGCUGCGUGACGAGCUCCUUAAGCGAGAAAUGUUGGAUUUCUGGCGCGAUACCGUCGUAAAGCAGCAACUGGGCCCUUGCUGGUCGCGUGAUUGUGACCUGUUCGACAGCGAUGACACGCCCCCGCUGGAGUUCUACGCCCAUGCCGGGUGCACGGCUCCAUUUGCGGCCAGCCUCAAGGUGCGAGCCGCCUUCGAACACCAGGCCUCGCUGGAUCAGGAAGAACAAGCAGCAGCCCAGCCGAGUACUCCCGGCGAGCUAAGUGCCGACGAUGCCGCUGCUCUUUCCGGCGACUUUGAAGCCGUGUUGACCAAGGAGAACCCUCUUGAGGAAUACCGCACCCUGAUGAAGCGCUUUGUGCUGACCAAAAUCAUUGUGCCCGACAAUGUGCAUCAGGAGAGUGUGAAGAAAGUGGCCGCCGCAGCAAGGGAAAUCAUUUGGAAGCUGCUCUUUGAUGGCGUGCCUUCGCAGGCCGACCAGGACAAGGCUGCCGAGCUGCUGCAGGAGUACAAGGGCGACGCUGGCUUCUAUGGACCCCAAGAUUACAAUGAGUGGAUUGUCAAGCUGCGCGACGAGGUGCUUACACGGGAGCUCCUCGACUUCUGGCGCGAGAAGAUGGUCAAAUUGGAAUUGGGGCCAAGCUGUGCUCGCGAUUCGGACUACUAUACCAAUGAGGAUCCGCUGCCCCUGGAGUUCUACGAUAAGGCCGGCUGCAAGGCACCCUUUGAAGCCAACACCGAGGAUUAGACUUUAAUAUUUCUAGAACUAAUCCGAAAAGGCAACUGUAUUAAUUGUUAUUUCGUCGUACUUUGAGCCAAGCUCAAGUCGUGCCUCUUUUUCUUAAAAAUAACAUUAUUUUGUUAAGGUUUGACAGCUCAGAUAAUCCGAGUUGAUGUGAAAUUCAUUUGUCCUUUUUCUGUAAACACUAACAGAUGUCGACAUGUCUCGAAUCUUAAAAAACAACAAAAUAUUUUUGUAAAGAAUUUUUCAAAAUAUAUUACCCAAAAAAAAUCAAAA